GCUACAACUGACGUGCGUAGGUCAACGGAGAUUAUUUUUUUUUUUACAACGAUCAAGCUUCUGAACACGCAGAAAACGUGUGGAUACGUGUGCAUAGACCAGUAAAAGUUAAAGCAAAGGAGGAGAAGAGAAGAAGAACUAUGAAGCUGCUCGCUGCAGUGUGUAUGUGGCUCCUGUCUGGACCUCCAGCUCUAGGAGGUGAAUUCUCUCUGUUUUACACCUACACUGCUCUCUCUAAACCUCUCAAUCUGCCUGGAAUCUAUGAGUUCAUUGCUAUGGGAAUGAUCAAUGAUCAAGUGAUUGACUACUACAACAGUGAGGCUCAGGUUAAGGUUCCUAAACAGCACUGGAUGAAGGAGAAGAUGGAAAAGGAUUACUGGGAUAAAGGAACUCAGUCCCGUAAGAGCAAAGAGCAGUGGUUUAAGGUCAACGUGGACAUCCUGAUGGAGCGAAUGAGACACAAUAAGUCUGACCUUCAUGUUCUUCAAUGGAGACAUGGCUGUGUGAUUCAAGAAGGCACAGAUGGACAAAAGACAUUUGUAAGAGGAAUCAGUGAGUAUGCUUAUGACGGCACUGAGUUCCUCUCCUUUGAUGAUGAAAACCUGAGGUGGAUCGCUCCAGUUCAGGCUGCUGAGCCGACCAAAAGGAAAUGGGAUGAAGUGUCCAUCCUUAACACAUACACCAAGAGCUACCUGGAGAAAGAGUGUGUGGACUGGCUCACCAAGUUCAUGGACUAUGGACAAGAAGAACUGAGAAAGUUUUGUCCCCCAGAGGUGCAUCUACUUACAAAGAAAUCAGUGACUGACAGCAAAAAGCUGACCUUGACCUGCCUGGCCACGGGUUUCUACCCUCCAGAUGUGGAGAUACAGGUGAGAAAGUCCAAAACUUCCCUGCCUGGACAUCUGGUAGCAUCUUCAGGAGUCAGACCCAAUAGUGAUGGCACAUACCAGCUGAGGAAGAGUGUGGAGAUCCUGGAGGAUGAACAACCACUGUACACUUGUUAUGUGACCCACAGCGCCAUCACAGAACCAAUAGAUAGAAAAGGGGGAGCCACUGGGACAGUUCCUGGCCAGAUCAACGGAGGGAACAUGCUGGCAGGAGUGUUGCACUUGGAAUGCUGCACAUUCCAAUGUUGCACAUUUUUUCAUUUUAGUACAUCUCAUUCUGUCCUACUGUUCAAAGCUGUGUAAUUAAAGCUGGAGAUGUAACAGAAGGGAGAAUGGGAACAUCCCCUACACAACAAGGGAGUGAAGCAACACCCUCAGCAGAGCAAGUAGGUUGAGUGAUGUCCCCAGUGGAGCAGGAGGCAGAGUGAUGUCCAAGGUGGGCCAAGAAGGGUGGGAGAAGGUUCCAGUCAGGGCCCCCACCUUGGGCUUGGACAUGAAUUGAUCCAGAAGGCCAGGAUCUAUUUGACCAUCUGCUCCUUUGGGUCCCACUAGCACUGAAGAAAUUAAUUUGCAGUGCAGUCUUGCAGUUAGUGGAGGUGAAGACAAAUGCAGUGGAGAGAUUUAUAACUAUUGUGUAAACAGUAACAAACUAACUAUGAAACAAUAUAGCAAAUUUUACCAAAAUAGCAAAAACACGCCCUUAAGGAACAAGGCUAUGGCAGGCUAAACAACACACCAACCAUGACAUCAGCAUCUGCUAGACAAAAGCACUAUUCGGACGGGACUAGUUUUACAGGGGGUCGUUAGAGAAAGUUUAGUUUCACAGACGCACUUUGUGAUUUUAAUCCCGUCCGAAUCUGCCCUGUCUGUCUUUUUCUCACACGACCUGUGUAAAAAUUCCAGCGCAAAUUACCUACUGUUUUUCAGCAAAAUCUGCGCUCCUCUGAGAAAUCUAAUCCUGUCCGAAUGCGAAUGUCUGUGAUUGCCGAAAUUGUUUUUUCCAAAACGCGUUCUCUUGUCUGGUUUGGUCAACGUGAACUACCGUAUUAACCCUAGCGCACCGGUAUUCAAGGUUCUGCUUUCUGCACACCAAUAAUGGGUGUAAAUGUGUUCGCUACCCUGCGAAGAAAUAAAAAAAUGAAAUCAACAAGAAGAGCCAAAUCACGUAAAUUGUUAAGACUGGCUACUGUAAUAUCAGUUAUAGGUAAGAGUACUUUCAUUUCUAUAGUCAAUUACAUAACAUGAAAAUUAUAUAAAAACGUAUUUAUUCCAGUGAGUUUAUAAGAAGUUCUAUAUAAAACCAUAUGAUGUCCAUAGGUAAUCCACGCAUCCUGGACAUGUGGUCUUGUGCAACGCCCACAUGUAAAACACAGACACUCCUACCUCCGUAAUAAACACAGAGAUUAGUCCCGUCCGAAUCAAUACAUGAAAUGACAGACGUCGGCUGAAAAAAAUUCUAACUCUAACGUCGUUUGGAAAACUAGUCCCGUCCGAAUAGUGCUAAAGAGAAUGAAAAACAGGAACUAAGAUAGUGUAACUAAUGAGACAAAACAUGUGAGAGUCAUCGAGAGGAGAAAUGGAACCGACAGCCAAAAAAGAUCAAAAAGUACAUGAGGUUACCCUCUGGUAUUCUAGGGGGUUGUCCAUACAAAUAAUAGCUUUAUUACAGAAAUAUUAAUUCCUUAUGCCUAAAUAUUAUUUCAAAACAAUGCAAAAAUAAUUCUGUUUUAAAAUUAAAAUCUUUAAUUUAUUCAUCUAAAGCCUUUAAAGUGCCUGCGGACUGACGAUGUGAUGUGGCCAUGUGGUUAUGUUCUUCAUGUGAUGAUAAAGGGACUGAGAAAAAAUACAGCAGUUAACACCGAUUAUCCAAGGUCACUCCGGAGAGCAGGGGUGUGGAGGCCAACAGACUUCAUUCUUCCACGAAUCAGCCGAGCAGUUCUCUACAGAAAAAGUGCUACUCAACUCUUCAGAAAUUCAACCUUACAUACAUUUACAUGAAAAACCUACUUCCACAAUUUCCCCAUACGUACCCUGUUUCCUCAUUACCCUACAUGCUUAUCUCAUUGCCCAAGGAAGCAUCACUCAUCAAAAUGUACAACAUGUUACUGCUUUCUUAUUUUACGACACACGCAUAUGUAAAGUCAUAUAGCCUCAUUGUCACACACAGCUACAGUCCACACCACCACUUUACUUAGAUACUGGGUACAAUGAUAUAUAGUACCAUACAGUACAUCUAUAACUCUGAGGAUUUCCUGGCUAAAAUGUUCUAUAUUAUAUAAGAAAUGAACGUGUAAUAGAAGACCUUUAUGUAACAUUUAUGAAUGAAUCUCCAGUGUUACACUUUAACACUUUUAACAGUCAGAGAAAUCUUCAGGACAGCAGAGUUUACUCUUUGUUGUGACUUCUCAGUACCAUGAAUCUGUUUUUAUAAACUUCUUAACUCUUAACUUGCUUUCAGAUUUCUUUUUG